UCUCUGUAGCCCAGGCUGGAGUGAGGUGGCUCAAUCUUGGCUCACUGUAACCUCCGCCUCCCAGGUCCCGGUUCAAGCGAUUCUCCUGCCUCAGCUUCCCGAGUAGCUGGGAUUACGGGCACAUGCCACUAUGCCCAGAUAAUUUUUGUAUUUUUAGUAGAGAUGAGGUUUCAUCAUAUUGGCCAGACUGGUCUUGAACUCCUGACCUCGUGAUCCACCCACUUCCGCCUCCCAAAGUGCUGGGAUUACAGGCCGUCACAAGACUUUUUAUCUUUUUUUGGUUUGGUUUUGUUUUUGAGACGGAGUUUCGCUCUUGUUACCCAGGCUGGAGUGCAAUGGCACGAUCUCUGCUCACCGCAAUCUCCGCCUCCUGGGUUCAGGCAAUUCUCCUGCCUCAGCCUCCCGAGUAGCUGGGAUUACAGGCACGCACCACCAUGCCCAGCUAAUUUUUUGUAUUUUUAGUAGAGACGGGGUUUCACCAUGUUGACCAGGAUGGUCUCGAACUCUUGACCUCGUGAUCCACCCGCCUCGGCCUCCCAAAGUGCUGGGAUUACAGGCGUGAGCCACGACGCCCGGCCUUUAUCUUUUUUUAAAAAACAUUUAUUUACGUUUAAUUUUUUUCUCUUUACAUGAGUUUUUGGAGCUGGGAGCCAGCGACCCCAUAACACUGAAAAUGUAUAAUUUCCUGUUCUGUCGCCGAUCACACCUGACCUCGGUGGUCUAGGAACUGCACAUUAACCUCACCUGGGGACUUUCAGCAAGCCCUGCUCCCCAAAGCCCACUGCAGCCCAAUGACAGCUGAAUCCCGGAGGAUGGGGCCCAGGUGAUGUCAAGAAAACACCGGCCGGAAGCAAGUCCUGCUCUACGGAGUUCUUUGGCCUUGACCUAAGCUGUCACACGUGGAGCACCAUGACAUCACCACAGCUGCAGUACACUCUGCAGACCCUUCUGGAGCAGCUGAGCGAGGGUGAAUUGGGGACUUUCAAGUCCAUCUUGAGGGCUUUUCCCCUAGAAGAUGUGCUACAGAAGACCCCGUGGUCGGAGGUGGAAGAAGCCAACGGCAGGAAACUGGCAGAAAUUCUGGUCAACACAUCCUCAGAAUGCUGGAUAAGGAAUGCGACUGUGAAGGUCUUCGAAGAGCUGAAUCUCCCCGAAUUGUCUGAGAUGGCAAAGGUGGAGUUGCUGGAGGACAGACAGAUGGAAGAAGUAGAUAACCCUGAGCUGGGAGACUUAGAAGAAGACUUGGAGUCAGCAAAGCCAGAGGACGGACAGGUGGAAGACGCAGAAAACCUUGAGCAGGGAGAGUUAGAAGAGGACUCGGAGUUAGCAAAGCCAGGUGAGAAGGAAGGAUGGAGAAACGUGACUGACGAACAGUCUUUGGUCUCGCGGAACACUUUUUGGCGAGGAGACAGUGACAAUUUCCACGACCAUGUCACUCAGAGAAACCAAAGGUUCAUUCCAUUCUUGAAUCCCAGAAGACCCACGCAGCCAGCCCCUUACACGGUGGUUCUGCACGGUCCUGCGGGUGUGGGGAAAACCACGCUGGCCAAGAAGUGUAUGCUGGACUGGAAAGACUACAACCUCGGCCCAAAGGCCAGGUACGCUUUCUACCUCAGCUGCAAGGGGCUCAGCCGGCUGGGCCCGUGCAGUUUUGCAGAGCUGAUCGCCAGAGACCAGCCGGAAUUGCAGGAUGACAUUCCAGACAUCCUCGCCCAAGCACAGAGAAUCCUGAUUGUGGUCGACGGCCUCGAUGAGCUGAGAGUGCCCCCCGGGGCGCUGAUCUACGACAUCUGCGGGGACUGGCUGAAGCCGAAGCCGGUGCCGGUCCUCCUGGGGAGUUUGCUGAAGAGGAAGAUGUUACCCAAGGCCGCCCUGCUGGUCACCACACGGCCCAGGUCCCUGAGGGACCUGCAGCUCCUGGCCGAGAAGCCCAUCUACAUAAGGGUGGAGGGGUUCCUGGAGGAGGACAGGAGGGCCUAUUUCCUGAGACACUUUGGAGAGGAGGACCAAGCCACGCGUGCCUUUGAGCUGAUGAGAAGCAACGCGGCCCUGUUCCAGCUGGGCUCGGCGCCCGCGGUGUGCUGGAUGGUGUGCACGAGUCUGAAGCUGCAGAUGGAGAAUGGGGAGGACCCGGCCACCACCUGCCACACCUGCACGGGGCUGUUCCUGCACUUUCUCUGCAGCCGCUUCCCGAAGGGUGCACAGCUCGGGGGCACGCUGCGGGCGCUGAGCAUCCUGGCUGCGCAGGGCCUGUGGGCGCAGAUGUCCGUGUUCCACAGAGAGGACCUGGAGAGCUUCGGGGUGCAGGAGUCCGACCUCCGCCCGUUCCUGGACAGAGGCAUCCUCCGCCAGGAUAGAGACUCUAAAGACUGCUACUCCUUCCUCCACCUCAGCUUCCAGCAGUUUUUCACUGCGCUGUUCUACGCCCUGGAGAAGGAGGAGGAGGACAGGGACGGCCACGCCUGGGACAUUGGGGAUGUGCAGAGGCUGCUUUCUGGAGAAGAAAGAGUCCAGAACCCCGACCUGAUCCAAGCGGGACACUUCUUAUUCGGCCUUGCCAACGAGAAGAGAGCCGCGGAGUUGGAGACCACUUUCGGCUGCGUGAUGUCACGGGAGAUCAAACAGGAACUGCUGCGGUGCAGAGCGAAUCUUCACGUAAAGAAGCCGUCGUCGAUGGCAGGCCUGAGGGAGCUCUUGUGCUGCCUGUAUGAGUCUCAGGAGGGGGAGCUGACGAAGGCGGUGAUGGCCCCGUUCAGGGAAAUUUCUGUUCACUUGACAAGUAAGUCUGAGAUGGUGCAGUGUUAUUUCAGCCUGAAGCACUGUCCAGACUUGGAGAAACUCUCGCUGCAGGUAGCAAAGGGGGUGUUCCUGGAGAAUUACGUGGACCUUGAACCGGACUUGGAGUUAGAGAGGGACAGUUACUUCACCCUUCCAAACUGGGCGCGGCAGGAUCUUCAGUCCCUUCACGUCUGGAAGGAUUUCUGCUCUCUCGUCAGCUUGAACAGCAAUCUGAAGUUUCUGGAAGUGAGACAAAGCUUCCUGAGCGAGUCGUCCGUGCGGGUUCUUUGUGACCACAUAGUCCGUAACACCUGUCACCUGCAGAAAGCAGAGAUUAAAAACGUCACCCCUGACAGUGCUUACCGGGACUUCUGUCUUGCUUUCAUUGGGAAGCCGACCCUCACUCACCUGACCCUGGAAGGGCAUAUCGAGUGGGAACGCACGAUGCUGCUGCUGAUGUGUGACCUGUUCAGGACUCCCAGAGGCAACCUCCAGUACCUGAGGUUUGGAGGCCACUCGGCCACCCCAGAGCAGUGGGCGGAUUUCUCCUUUCUUCUCAAAGCGAACCAGUCCCUGAGGCACCUACACCUCUCAGCCAAUCUGCUCCUGGACGAGGGUGCCAAGUUGCUGUAUGAGACCAUAGGACACCCAACGAACUUGCUGCAGAAGUUGUCGUUGGAAAACUGUCGUCUUACAGAAGCCAGUUGCAAGGAGCUUGCUAAUGUCUUGAUUGUCAACCAGCAUCUGACACACCUGUGCUUGGCCAAGAACCCCAUCGGGGAUAGAGGGGUGGAGUUGCUGUGUGAGGGCUUGAGUUACCCCGACUGUAAACUGCAGACCCUGGUGUUACAGCAAUGCAACAUAACCAAGCGUGGCUGCAGACCUAUCUCGAAGGUUCUCCAAGGAGUCUGCAGCCUCACAGACUUGGACUUGAGCCUCAACCACAUAGGGUGUGGAUUGUGGAUUCUCUGCAAGGCGUUAGAGAAUCCAGACUGUAACCUAAAACACUUACGCCUCUGGAGCUGCUCCCUUCUGCCUUUCUAUUGCCAACAUCUUGGAUCUGCUCUCAUCAGCAAUCAGAAGCUGGAAACUCUGGACCUGGGCCAGAAUCAUUUGUGGAAAAGUGGCAUCAUUAAGCUCCUUGGGGUUCUAAAACAAAGACCUGGAUCCUUGAAGACACUCAGGCUGAAGACCUAUGACACUAGUUUGGAAAUCGAGAAGCUGCUGGAGGAAGUGAAAGGAAAGAAUCCCAAGCUGACGAUUGACUGCGAUGCUUCCGGGGAGGCCGCACCUGGGUGCUGUGACUCUUUUUGCUGAGCAGGCUGGGAUUGCCAUACGAAUUACAUGAGAAGUGGGAAUCUGGUCUCUAAGAUACCGUAUGAAUGUGGGUCAGAGGGUCACAUGUUAACUCUGCAGGACUUGACACUGCUUUUCUCGCUGUUCGUGGGAGAUUCUGCAGAAGCCACGCACGCCCUUCACUUCAUGCUGUGCACUUUCUCACCGGGAUAAUAAAAAGUUGG